UGCACCCCCUCCCGCAGCCAGCUGCUCAGCGGCCGCUACCAGAUCCACACAGGUUUGCAACACCAGAUAAUUUGGCCCUGCCAGCCCAGCUGUUUGCCACUGGAUGAAAAACUCCUCCCAGAGCUGCUUCAAGAGGCAGGAUACGUUACUCACAUGGUGGGGAAGUGGCAUUUAGGGAUGUACAGAAAAGAAUGCCUUCCAACCCGCAGAGGAUUUGAUACUUACUUUGGCUAUCUUCUGGGGAGUGAGGAUUAUUAUUCUCAUGACCGUUGUGUCCUGAUCAAAGCAAAGAAUGUAACGCGCUGCGCUCUGGACUUCCGAGAUGGAGAAGAAGUUGCAACUGGGUUUAAAAACAUGUACUCUACUAAUUUAUUCACAGAAAGAGCUAUAGAUCUUAUAGCAAAUCAUAAAUCUGAGAAGCCCCUCUUUCUCUACCUUGCUUUUCAGUCUGUCCAUGAACCUCUCGAGGUCCCUGAAGAAUACUUGAAGGCGUAUUCCUCCAUUAAAGAUGUGAAGAGGCGUCAUUAUGCAGGGAUGGUGACUCUUAUGGAUGAAGCUGUAGGAAAUCUUACUGAUGCUCUGAAAAGAUACGGUCUUUGGGACAACACAGUUCUUGUUUUCUCUACUGAUAAUGGAGGACAGACUUUGGCAGGGGGGAAUAACUGGCCGCUGAGAGGAAGAAAAUGGACCCUCUGGGAAGGAGGAGUGAGAGGAGUAGGCUUUGUUGCAAGUCCUUUACUGAAACAAAAAGGGGUAGAAAGUCAUGAACUCAUCCAUAUCUCUGACUGGCUGCCAACACUGGUGCACCUUGCUGGAGGACAUACCAAUGGCACUAAGCCUUUGGAUGGCUUUGAUGUUUGGAAAGCGAUCAG